GCAAGCUUAGCUCACUUCUUAGAACCAAGCGGAUGCGUGCUCACCCAAUGCGACACCGUCGCGCCGCCGCCAUGAUGAACGUCGUGGCCAUCGGGCUCGUGCUCUCGACCUUAGCCGCCGCGGGGGUCUGGUCGCCGUCGCCCGCGCCGCCGACCCCGGCGGCACAGCAGCACGGCGACCACGUCGUCCGCGAGGGCCGCCGCGUGGUGAUCGUCGAGUACGAACGCGAGGUCUCGGGCGAGGACGGCGGCCGCGUCAAGGUCAAGGAGACGCGCGUCCUACCCCCCGACGCCCUCGACGGCGUCGAGGACGGCGGCGGCGCCGGCGGGGUCGUCGAUGGCGCCAGGGGCGUGGUCUCCGAAGCGGCCGGCAAGGCGGCCGGUGUGGCGGAGGAAGGCAAGGAGAGGCUGUAUGACGCCAACGGCGGCGUCCUCGGCGCGGUCAAGCGCUGCAAGGACAGGCUCUGCGGCGCGGGCAGGAGAGCCGAGGAGGGAGCCAAGGACGCGGCGUCCCGCGCCGAGCACGCCGCGGAGGACGCGGCGAGGGGCGCCGUGGAGACGGUCUCGGACGCCAAGGACAGCGCCGAGAACAAGGCGUUGGACGCCGCCCGGCACGGGAAGGAGAGACUGAAGAGCGCCAAGGACAGGGCGUCCGACGCGGCGCGACAAGGGAAGGAGACGCUGAAAGACAAGGCGUCCGACGAGGCGCACCAAGGGAAGGAGACUGUGAAGAGCGCCAAGGACAAGGUCGCCGAGGCGGCCAGCAAGGCCAAGGAGAAGGCGUCCGACGUCCAGCACGGAGCAGCCGAAGCCGCAAAGGGCGCGAAAGAUCGGGUGUCCGAGGCGGCCAAGCACGCCAAGGAGACCGUCCGGGGCGCCAAGGACAGGGUCUCGGACAUGGCCGAGAGGGCCGAGGAGUACGCGGAGGACGCUGCGGAGCGCGCGGCGGACAGGGUCGCGGAGGCCGAGGCGGCCGUGGAGGCGAAGGCCGGCGAGAUGCGUCGGAACCUGACGGACAUUGCGCGGCGGGCGCGCGGCGUGGCUUCCGACGCCGCGGCGUACCUCUUCCUCGCCGGUGGGGGGCCACGGGAGGCCGCGCGCGUCGCGACGGCCGUGAUGCACCUCCUGGGCCUCGCCACCGCCUACGGCACCUGCGUGUGGGUGACGUUCGUGUCCAGCUACGUGCUCGCGGCGGCGCUGCCGAGGCAGCAGCUGGGCAUGCUGCAGAGCAAGCUGUACCCAGUGUACUUCCGAGCCAUGGCGUACGGUGUCGGGCUGGCGCUCGCGGCGCACCUGCUGGGCCGCGAGCGGCGCUCCGCCGCGGCGCGCGCCCAGAGCUUCAACCUCGCCGCCGCGCUGGCGCUGGUCCUCGCCAACAUGCUGCUCCUCGAGCCCAAAGCCACCAAGGUGAUGUUCGAGAGGAUGAAGGUGGAGAAGGAAGAAGGCCGGGGACGUGACGUGGCGGACAUCGUCGACCCGCCGGCGGCCACCGUGGCCACGACGGACACGAACGCCGCCAGGGCGGCCCGCCCGGAAGCAGCAGCUGCGCAUACCACUCCCGUCGACGGCGCGGCGACGGCGAAGGCGAAGGCGGGCAACCCGGAGAUGUCGAAGAGCAGGGUGGUGAGGCUGAGCAAGCGGCUGAAGCAGCUGAACGGCUACUCGUCCCUGUGCAACGUGCUGUCGCUGAUGUCGCUCACCUGGCACCUCGUGCACCUGGCGCGCCGCAUCAAUACGGGCACCGCCUGCUAGAUAAGAUCAGUCCGUGUCGUGUCACGGCUUCACGGGGUGCUAGUGCUUCCCGGACUCGGGCCAUCUUUGUGAAUCUGACAUGCAUGCCGAUCGUGUAGUUUUUCUUAGGGUUCUUGAUGCGUGGCUGUAAGCCGGUGGUGACUUGAACGGCAGUAAGUCUAGUGGUAAUGUCAGUGUCAGUUGUAUCCGGUGCUAGGAGUAGCUUGUAGUAACAUGUGUGCAAGUUAAAUCUGCAAGUUUUCA